AUCUGCUACUCUCUCGAGCCCUCAAUUGCGAUCGCUGCCAUCUCUCCAUGGUUUAUGAGUGGUAGCCGUCAUGUCGCUUGACCGACGCACCCGAUGAGCUGCUCACCACCCUGCAGCCUGUCUCGCCCACCCACCCUACCAUGUCCUCCUCGAAUGUCCGGGUAUUCGUACAAUGGAAGGACUCGACCGUGUUCGCUGGCGAAGACAUAGAAUGCACAAUUACAUUCAAGAACGUAGCGUCCCCCGAAGGACACGAUCGCUCUCCAGUCCGGAAGCAGAACGGAUUCGCGACUGGCGGGGAGCGACAGCGCAAACUGCUUCCAGUUCACUCCUCAACGAGGCCCUCUGUAUCCCACACUUCCUCAUUCACUUCUCAGUUGCCGCCCCCGCACCUUCGCGGACACCGUCCAGCGCUAUCGCUACACGCUCAUUCCACCGCUGGAGAGCGCCGUUCGCCUAUUCCACUGGGCGCAGCAUCAGGCAAUAACACCAGUGGGAAGAACCAUGGGAGAUCACUAUCAAUUAUAUCACUAGGCACAGAUGUUGGAACAGAAGUCAGUCAUGAAAGGGGCAUACAAAUCAGACGACCGACUCGAGGGCACGGCAGAUCAGCGAGUCUACAGGUCGUGCCAGGGAGACCAAACUCCUAUCCAGUCGCCUCGCCAGGCCAUCGCUCAGCAACUCAUCCUUCUCCGCUUUCAGGUGGAGCCUCAUCUCCCCCAAUAGUUCAGGAGCCCCCGGGCGAGUUCACAUUCCCUAUACGACCUGCGAGGAGGCGACCGGGCAUAUCGACUACUCCGAGCACUCCCGCUCUUCCGAUUACAACACGAAAGCCCUCGAAUUCUUUCUCCCAAAGCUUCAAGUUUCCCGCCGCACCUUCACCAGAAGAUGCCUCAACAGAACAAAUUACUAGUAAUCCACCCACACAAGUUACCCAAGCCCGGCGGCAAUCCCCUCGACUGCAGAAUGAAAAUCGACGGAUGCAACCGAACUCCCACUCCGAAACGCUCUCGCCCGUAGCUCGAGUACUAUCUGGGUCAAGCAUGGACGGCACUCCGCGCAGCAGCGGGGAGUUCUACUCUGUGAGCAACAACUCGAAUGAGACUCUAGCCUCCGAAUACACAGCCAAUCCCUCUAUGCGUCUACUACAACGGCCAAUGCAUCAACGGCGAACAUCUCAAUUGGCUCCACCCAACCGACAAAGCCGCCCUGAGUCUCUCAUGAUGGGAUAUGCUCAGAUAAUGGGAUCUUUCACUCUGGAUGGGUCACUGAUCAACCAAGCGCCUUUUGAGGAAGUCAAGAGGAAAGGAGUAGUCGGCGGUCAGGGUGGAGGCGGUGUCGUUGGGGUGGAAAGAACGAAGCGCGAAAGUGGUUUGUUCGGCGCACUCGGCUGGGGCAAUAUCGGGGAGUCCCUAGGCGGUUUACUGGGCGCAUCGGAGCCUUCUAGUAUCCGAGAGAUGAGAGGCAUCGCCAGCUCGAAAACUGUCCCGCUCAUAUCCACACCGCAGUCCAUCUUGUUUGUGGAUCUCAAACUUGCUCCAGGGGAAAGUCGCAGCUAUACGUACAGUUUUACAAUACCUCGAGGUUUACCGCCUUCGCAUAAGGGCCGGUCGAUGAAGGUCGCAUACAACAUAACCAUUGGUACACAGCGCGCUGGUUCCACCAAAGACCAACAAGUGAGGCAGGUAGAUGUCCCUUUCCGGGUCUUUGGCAGUGUGAAUGGCCGUGGUGAGAUCCUUGGGCAUGACUUGAUGUCUCCAUAUAUCAUAUUGCGCGAUCAAGCCCGAACUGCAAGCGUAGGCGCUGCAGCGACUGCAAAGUCUUCUCUUUUGAUUACGAAGGUCUCUCCAUCAGAAACCUCCAACCACCACGCGUUCGGCGACUUCCUCGAAUAUGUCGACAACCUCCUAGAUCGACCACGGCAAAACUCAAGCAUGGGACUGCUCUCACCAACUGAGACAUUGCCUGGCCGUUUCUCAAUGGCCGAGGAACCUCAAACUAUCAAAGAAGCCAUCGACAUGGCUAUCCUCCGUAGCAACCUGACAGGUGCAGCGAAUCAGAGCGCCAACCGCUUCGAGAUCGCUCGUAGCGGUCGGCGCGUAGCGGUCAUUACGUUGGCUCGGCCUGCGUACCGGCUUGGUGAGACCAUGUCCGCUGUGAUCGACUUCACCGACUCACACAUCCCCUGCUAUUCCGUUCAUGUCUCGCUAGAGACGUCGGAGAAAGUGGACCCUGCGAUAGCGCUGCGGUCGAACGCAUCCAUUUAUCGCGUCACAAAGAAGGUACACGCAUCCUUUUCUGAAAACGCGCUGUUUGCACAAAAGCUUGCAUUUUCGCCUACAAUACCUCCAAACGCGACCCCAGAGUUCAUCACAAGCGGUGUAAGUCUGGAGUGGAAGUUGAGGGUCGAAUUUAUCACACCGCGCUUGGCACACGAGGACGGGGAAGAAGCGUUGUGGGACGAGCUGCUGGAAGAGAUAUCUAGUGAUGACAGAGGCGUGAUUCUAGCAGCGGCGCAAAGGCUACCAGCCGAGAGUUUCGAAGUACAGGUCCCGAUCCGGGUGUAUGGAGCCGUGAGUGGCGCCCCCGAAGCUCCAGACGAAGAAGGGUUGCCAGUAUGAGAAGAAAGUCAAUGGCAUUAUUCGCCACGCUUCACUACCAAACCCCACCAGUCUCCAUGAUUACUACGCCAAGUGCAGCGUUCAAUCACAUUAUCAUAAGAGUUUCAGAGCGAGCGUCGAUUUCAGUAACACUCUUUCUUUCAGCGGGUAGCGGUUAUUAUUCAAUGUAUAUGAUAGGAUGCUGAGGAUAGGUGAUGAAGCUUUGGAAGCCGUGGAAGAGAGAUUUGUAGUAUACCAGCUCGGAUUGGAGCAAGGGCAUAACAUGUCCAGUAAUUUCAUCUGUUGUGAACAAACUCGUCGUUUUUGUGAGUUGAUUAGAUGUGGCUGAUACUUUACAGGUUGAGCUACAGAAGGACGAGGUACAAAUCUCAAUAUUCUAUUUCUCCCU